GCCGUAGAGGCGUCUGUCCCUCGGUGUUGAGGUGUUGUGUUCUGCUCUUCUCCAGACGCGGAGCUCACACCGGAGGAGCGUGUCCACGGGGUGAACAUGGUGAACGGGACUCGAGCUCAGUUUGUUUUCACCUCUGCAGAGUCUGAGCGGGACUUUUACAGAAGAACUUCUUCUUCUCAGAACAAGGACCGUGAGAGUCGAGCUCGAUAAAGUUUCGGAGGUUGUUUCGUUUCCUCUCAGCCUGUCUCAGACCCGGGCAGAGACAUGGCUCUGUCCCAGAUCCAGUGUCUGGACGAUAACCACGUGAACCCGCGCACGCACGAGUCCAAGCCUGAGUUCCUGUACUGUGAGGAGCAGCGGCUCGCGCUCGAGACUCUGCUGUGCCAUGGGCGCGAGGCGUUCUUCAAACAGCUGGAGGCGCGCGGGCUGCGGGGCUUCCUCUCGGACCUGGAGCUCGAGGCUUUGGCGGGAAACGUGGAGCCCUUUGACCCCGGGGUGGACCUUUACCACGAGGACCCCGAGCACGAGCAGACCCCUCUGUCCCUGCAGUACUGGCCCGACCUGUCGGACACGUCCACCCCGGAGCUGGACAUUGGCUGGCCGGACAGUGAGGCGUACCGCGGGGUCACGCGCACCACCGUGCACGCGCAGCCCCCUUUGGACGGACACACGCACAUCAAAGAGGUCGUGAGGAAGAUGAUUGCGCAGGCGCAGAAAGUUAUCGCUGUGGUGAUGGAUGUCUUCACUGAUGUGGACAUUUUCAGAGAUCUGCUGGAUGUCUCAUACAAAAAGAAGGUGUCGGUCUACAUUCUUUUGGAUCACGCCUCCGUGCCACACUUCCUGUCCAUGUGCCAGCGAGCCAACAUGCACACUGGACAUCUCAAGAACCUCCGUGUGCGUUGCUGCGGUGGAAUUGAAUUCCACACUCACUCCUGCACAAAGGUCAUAGGUCACAUGGGUCACCGCUUCAUGUUCAUCGAUGGAGACAAGGCCGUAUCAGGCUCGUACAGUUUUACUUGGAUGUCCUCCCGGCUGGACCGAAACGUCAUCACCGUGGUAACCGGACAAGCAGUGGACGCCUUCGACCGCCUGUUCCGCUUCCUCUACACCACCUCCUCCAGGCUGGUCGACCUGCAGCGAGUGGCGACCGAGCCAGAGCCGGAGCACAACCCCGUACCACAACCCGCCUCUGUGCCAACGCCAUCUGCCGCCGUUGCUAGGAAACUGUACAACCCCAAAUACGCUCUGCUUACUGUUGGCAACGGCAGUUUCAGCCCGUCUACCUCCCCUGGCAACAAUAGCCCCAAAGAGUCCCAGAAAGACACCAAAAACGAGGGGGCAACCAAAAAGGGGCAUAAGAGGCAGCGUAAGGAUACUGUACAGGAAGCUCUGCCCUGUCACCCUGGACUUGUGGAUUUAGAAAAAGUGUAUUUAUUCGAUUACCUUCCUACCUGGCCCGAGCCCGACCCUCCCUCUGAUGUUAUUGGCUUUAUCAAUAUCCGCGAUACGAGCAAGCCUAACCAAGUUCAUCUACAGCGUUCUGAGAUGUUCGAAGUCAGCCAAGCCAUCCGGUUUAGCAGUCCGUUUAGCAUGCAGAAGGAAACUCUACCGGAGGUUGCCACGCCGAGAAACGUAACUGCUCCUAAACAUGAAGAGAGUUCGCCACAACCGCAACAGAAAACACCAUUAGAGGCAAUUACUCCUAAGACUAAAAACCUUUCACAGUCAGUAUUUGACAAAGAAACUGCAAAAGCUCCCGGCAAAAAAACACCUCCCCAGUCACCUGCAAAGAAGAUUCACAGCACCUCGGCAAACUUGCACACACCUCCACAACCUGUUAAAACGGUGACGACUCCAACUGGUAGCGCCGACAGCCCCAAGACUGCAGCAAUAACGACAACUUCAAACCGCAAAAGCACACUUCAAAACAGGAACGGCGCUGAAACGAACAAUGCCCCUAAAGUAUUCGCCCUAAGUGACUCAAACUCUCAGAUAAAAACGCAGAAACACACCUCUAAUGAUAAUACUUCUCCAACUGGGUAUAUUCCUGUCACUUCUACCUCUGUUUCUGCCAAUUACCAACUUUCUCAAGCUACUGCGGUGCAUUCAACCUUGACGAGCGAUAGCCCAACAUUGACCACUAUUAGCACUUCCGCUUCGCAGCUUAACACAAAUUCCCCUAUAGCGCAUUCCCCCGUAACAUCCCCUCCAAUUCCGAAGCCGCGCACAGUCCAGCUAGUCGUUAAAGACAGCCCGGGAAAUGGUCAGAAAAUACCGGAGGUCAGCUUUGUAAAGAAAGACAAUAUAGUGGGAAAGGUAACUGCAGUAGACAAUGAGACCCCUGUCGCUAUAGUGUGUGCUCCAAAAGAAACUGAGAAGGUCCCCAAGCUAGCUGACAAAAGCGCUAGCAAAUUGAUCCAGCCAAAAAGCACAGAGAGCAGUGCUGUAAACGACUGUUCCCAGGAAAAAGAAAGCAAGAAGUCCCAAGAGGUGGGGAGAGAGGAUGCAGGAGACAAAGCAGAGCCACAACUGUUAGCUAGCAGCAAAGAAAUGGCAAAGACGGAAAGUGAAGCUAACAAGGGGCUAAUAGAAGCUAAAAUGCAUAGUGAUAAGGGUUUUCUAAAAAAGAAUGAGGUUAUUAUUAACUCACCAGGUUUAAUCAUAAAAACUAGUGAUUUCCUGGACCAUAAACUCGAGGAAAUUCCCAUUAGAAACAGCACUGUAGCUAAAGUGCAAAGUCAAGCUAGUAGCAAAGUAGGUGGGAGUCACCAUGCUAGGGCUAGUUUACCACAGAGAAGAACAUUUUCAAUUUCUGAAGAAAAAACAGACUUAUUAAAAUCCCCAACGAACAGGUCUCCAACUUUAAAAAGUAAAUCAGACAGCACGCCCACAAUUGUUGCAGAACCUCAAGGAGACAUUUUAAAAGUUGACGAAAGUGGGGCAAAAACAGCUAAAGUUAACAGUCGUUCCCCUUUACUAUCACCCGGAGAACCUAAAAAAACAGUGCAAACAACAGAUUCACCAACCUCUGAAAAAGAACCUCGAACUCAAAGAGCGUAUUCAAGUUCAGAAGAAAAUCUAGACUUAUUAAAUUCCCCAACUAACAAGUCUCCAAUUUUAAAAACGAAAUCAGAAAGCAUUCCCACAAUCACUGUAAACUCUGAAAGUGAUAUUUUGAAAGUUGUCGAUGAAAGUGUGUCUAAAACUGUAAAGUUGAACAGUCGGUCUCCUCCAUUAUCGCCCAAAGUACCUAAAAAACCACCGCAUUUGCAAUUGAACCUGAACACCUUGCAAAUGGCAGAUUCAGCAACCUCCGAAAAAGAACCUCGAACUCAAAGAGCAUAUUCAAGUUCAGGAGAAAAUAUAGAGUUAUCCAGUUCCCCAACUAACAAGUCUCCGAUUUUAAAAACAAAAUCAGAAACUAUUCCCACAAUCUCUGUAAAAGCCGAAUGUGAUGUUUUAAAAGUUGAUGAAAAUGUGGUGAAAACUGCAAAAUUGAACAGUCGGUCUCCUCCAUUAUCGCCCAAAGUACCUAAAAAACCAGCGCAUUUGCAACUGAACCUGAAAACCUCACAAAUGGCAGAUUCACCAACCUCCAAAAAAGAACCUGGAGUACAAAUAACACAUUCAAGUUCAGAAGAGAAUACAGACUUAUUAAAAUCCCCAACUAACAGGUCUCCAAUUUUAAAAACUAAAUCAGAAACCGUUCCCACAAUUGCUGCAGACGUUUUGAAAGUUGACGAAAGUGUGGCGAGAACUGCGAAAUUUAACAGUCGCUCUCCUCCAUUAUCACCUAGAGUACCUAAAAAACCAGCGCAUUUGCACCAGAACAUCUUGAAACCGACAGAUUCAGCAACCUCUGAAAAAGAACCUCGAGCUCGAAUAACGUGUCCAAGUUCAGAAGAAAAUACAGACUUAUUAAAAACCCCAACUAACAGGUCUCCAAUUUUAAAAACUGAAUCAGAAACCGUUCCCACAAUUGCCGCAGAUGCUAAAGGUGACAUUUUGAAAGUUGACGGAAGUGUGGCGAAAACUACAAAAUUCACCAGUCGCUCCCCUCCCGGAGGAAUACCUAAAAAAACAGCGCAACUGACAGAUUCAACAACCUCUGAAAAAGAUCAUCGAACUCUACUUGCACAAAGAUAUAGCCCUAUUCUGGAUGGAUUCCCCCUUUCCGUUCCAACUUCUGAUUCCCGACAUUCCCGCACCCCAGAGUUUCGAACGCCAACUUCGGAUGUAAGCGACGGGUGCGGAUCCACGACGUCUGAUGAGUUUUAUGAAUGUAGUGAAUCUCCUUUUCGAGAGUCUAUUGAGCAAGUGCCAUUUUACAGCCUCAGUCCGUUGGAAGACAAAGAUUCUGUCUUCAGUAGCAACGACACGACUAUGUCAAGUAGUGAAACACUGAACUUAUCCAAUAAAGGAUCCCUAUCUUCUAGUCUGGAGAAAAUAGAUGAUGAGAAAAUGUUGACAAAGAAAAAUACGCAAGGAAGUGAAGAAAUCGGUAAACAGGAUGACAGUUUAGAGUUGCAAGAAAUAAAAGACAUUAACCAGCCCAAAGGAAAGAUAGCGCCGAACCAGUCAGUCGUGGUGGAGCAAAGUUUAACUCCAAAGCUAAAUAACGAGGCCACAGAGGCUAAGCGGAUGUCGGCGCGUGAGCUGAAACCCAAAAGGGUGUAUUCCCGAGCAGAGAGACCCGACAAAGUGCCCGCGGAUGGAGAGAAGACGGGACUCAGCACCAGUGGAGUGGAGAGGAGAGAGACAGCACCUUCGGCUAACAAGGAUCCCGAGGGACACAAGCAGCAGCAAAGAGACUUCACAACACAAAUGCAAACCCACUUAACCCAGCAAACCACACCCCCCCGUUCCCUCUCCGUCUCCCAGUCCACCUUGGUUCACCCAAUGGGUCACCAGAGGAAGAUGUCUGACGGAAAUUUCCCAAUCGUGGACGUUGCUUCCUCUCCUACCUCUCGCAAGAUGCCACCAAGACCCCCAACUCCUAAAACCGCCCCAAACCAGCUCUACCGACAACCCCCGACCUCCCCCACGAAGCCCAAAUCGGGUCAAAGUCCAAAUUCGUCCCCUGUACCCAAACCGCAGACUUCUUUUCUAUACAUGCACACGCAAAACAUGCAACAAGGACGUUUUUCCUCGUCACAUCAGACUCAAGAAGAAGCGAUACCAGUGGAGCCAGGCUUAGAGGAAGAGAAAACGGUAUUUGGUAGCACGUUCAGCAAGUUUUACAAUUUCAAGGGUCUAAAGGACAAGAUGAGCAAGCUGCCCACACAGAGCAGGAGGAGCAGCGCCAGUGGAUCAGCCCAGCCCCGGAAAAGCACUGGAUAAGGCUGAAGUGGAGUAGAACUUUUUUUUAUUGAAGAGAAAACAUUUAAUUUUUAAGUAUUAAGUUGUCAUAGCAUAUUGAAUUUACUGUCAAAAAUGGAUAUCUACAGAAGUUAAAAUGACUUGAAAUCUUUAUCUGAGAAGUUCUUAAUGAUAUGGAUUUGAUUGCCAGAUUUACCAAGUGACGAUUUUCAAAUACAUGACAAAUUUAUUUAAAAAAAACAAAAAAAACUCAAAUGAUCUGGAGAAUAAAUGUCAAACCAAAUUUAUAUUUUGAAUGUUUUUAGCUUAAUUUUAACUUUAAGCAGUGAUACCUGUUUUUAGUUCUUUACCAUUUGUGCAUUUGUGAAAAUUUAAAUGUUUUUUUAAUUUAUAUUUUUUGUGCUUGUCUUUGUGAAUGUGAUUCACAAAAUAUAUAAUAUGGACAAAUCAAUCUUACUUUUUUUUUUACAGGUGGACAGGUUAUGUUUGUAAAUUAUGUAAACUAAAGGAAAGUAUUUUUAAAAGCUGUUAGGUUUUAGCUUUUUAACAUUGUUUGUGGUGUGUUUGCCACAUAAUAAAGACAUGUUAAUGGUAC